CCAUCCAGCAGCUUUGGUUUAGCGCAAAGCCGCAAACCAAUAGGGAGACCAUGGUCGUGGCCUCCUCCUCCUCCUCCCAUGUCCUUGCAGCUGCGGCCACUCUCUUCACCCUGAGAGCGGUGGCGGCAUCCGGCGGCAACGGCAGCGCCACCCUUGCCUUGUGCGUCCACGUCGACGGCGUGCACUCGAGCCCGGACUCCCCGUUUUACGGCGGCUUCGGCUACAGUCUGUCACAGGUUGUGGAGGCAGCUAGCGCGUCCGACAGAUUGUCCAGUGUGACGCGCUACGAUCAAAGAAGGGUCACCACCACCACCGGCCCGGACCGCGCGGACGAGUAUGCGCUCGCGCAGUGCCGGCCCGACGUGCCGGCCGACGAGUGCUUGCGCUGCCUCAAUGCCUGCCUUGGCACACUUGACACCCGCUGCGACUCCGCCGCGGUGCGCUAUGACAGCUGCCUCCUCCGCUCCAGUCCACACAACUUCAGCAGCUUCGAUGUCAAUGAGUACACGGUGGCCGUGUUCGACGGCAACGCGCCUAGCCUCCCGAAGAAGGUGCCUACCGGCUUGCUCGGCAAGGUGGCAGCCAACGCCACCGCGAACAGAUCCAGGACCGCUGCAGGGAUAGCGGACUACCCAGAUGCAGCGGCAACCGGCGGCCGUGGCCGUGCGAGUGUCUACGGGCUGGCCCAGUGCAUCACCCAGAUGACGGCGCAGGACUGCGGCAGCUGUCUCCGCGGCGCGCUGUCACGCCUCUCCGACGAGUUCAACUCCAGUGCCGGGAUGCAGGUCCUUCGCCCCAGCUGCAUGCUGCGGUACGCGGGCUCUCCCUUCUUCAACGCGUCCCUCCUGCCCGUGACCCAUGUCGCCGUCCCAGAGGGCGACGGCGCCGCGGCUCCGGAAGGAAGCAAUUCCCUUCCGCAGAGCAAAGGUUUCGUACCCGUCGGGCUCUCCUCUUGCCAAUUUUGGCAACGGAUUUCCCUCUCCUCUGCGUUUCACAUUGGUUUCCUUUCCGAUAACAGAUCGAGUCAAGGUGAUCGCACUUUCUUGUUUUGCGGGCGGGGCUGCUAUACUCGCACUAAUCCUAGUAGCAUUGUGGAGCAAACGGAGAGGCCGGAAAUCAAAGAGUGCCACGGGUAUUCCCCAUUCCUCUUUCUCUUACGAGUACUGUUUCGCAGCUUAACUCAGGUUUCACACAUUUGUUCAGGGGGUGGUAACUACAGCUACCAAACUCUGGUGAAUGCCACUGCUAACUUCUCCGAGGAAAAUCGGUUAGGAUCUGGUGGAUGCGGCGUAGUAUACAAGGGAAUACUGGAGAACAAGAAAGAAAUAGCCAUAAAAAAACUUGCGAGAAAAAAUCUGAAAGAGCUGGAAAGGGAGGUUUCUCUGGUUGCGGAGCUUCAGCACGAGAACCUUGUCAAGUUCUUGGGCCAUUGUUUUCAGGACGAUAAGAUGUUUCUUGUCUAUGAGUACCUUAGCAGUAAAAGCUUAAGCAACUAUUUCAAAGGUUCAGGCGACUAUCAAAAACUGGAUUGGGCAAAAUGGCUCAACAUCAUCAAAGGGGUUGCACGUGGCCUUACUUAUCUUCAUCUUGAUUCUGGGAAGGAUAUUGUUCAUAGGGAUCUCAAGCCAUCUAACGUCCUCCUUGAUUCCAACUUCGGUGCAAAAAUCGCCGAUUUCGAUCUUGCAAGAGGGUACAACAGGGAGAGGAGUCAUGAAAGCACUCGUAACACGGCCGGUACUUAUGGAUACAUAGCUCCAGAGUGCUAUGCGGAAGGGAAAUUCUCCACCAAAUCGGACGUGUAUAGCUUCGGGGUGAUGGUGCUGGAGAUCAUAGUUGGGCAGAGCAUCAAUAGGUUCGAGAACGACAACUGCACCGGUCUCGUGGAACAUGUGUGGCAGCAUUGGAGCGACCUUAGAGUUGGAGACGUGCUGGACAGGGACCAUCUUGGCCUUGGGAACCAUGAGCAGAUGCAGCAAGCAUCACGGUGCGUGCAGGUCGCGCUCCUCUGCGUUCAGAACGACCGGUCCAGGAGGCCGGCCAUGGACGAGGUCACCUACUUCCUUAGCAAUGAGAUGCUUGUGCCGGAUCCUUCUGCUCCCGGGUACAUCACGGCGCCGGCCGGCAGCGGGCCGCCUGUGUGUUCGGUGAACGACGUGACGAUCAGCAUGACGGAGCCCCGAUCCUGACCGGAAUGUUUCGUCUCGGGAUCUCUCUUGCACAUCAGUGGUGCAUCUAGGCGUAUAUCUCCAACUACUAUAAACAACUAUUCAGGCCUCCGGCAGAAAGCACGGUUUCCCUGAA